AAACCCAUAGAAGAAGAAGGAAGUUGUGGGAAGCGGGGUGAGGGGGAUUGGACGUUGAAUGAUAAGACCAGAAAGGGAUAGCUACGGUUCGAUCGCAGUGGUAGGGUUCAUUUUAUUUAUCAUAAACCAGCCUUUUGUUUUAACGCGUACAUAUUAAUACUUUUAUUUCAGCUUUGUGACAGGUGAGUACUAGCGAGGAUGACGAUGCCGCACAUAGGGGCAGUAUUUGGAGCAAUAGCAGGAGUGAUGGCCAUCAUGUUGCACUCCUCCAUUCACAAGGUAGAAGAAGGACACCUUGCUGUGUACUACAGGGGUGGGGCAUUGCUGACUUCUCCCAACGGUCCUGGAUAUCACAUCAUGCUGCCUUUCAUUACCACCUACAGAUCAGUGCAGACUACUCUCCAAACUGAUGAGAUCAAGAAUGUGCCCUGUGGAACAAGUGGUGGUGUGAUGAUCUAUUUUGACAGAAUAGAAGUUGUUAACAUGCUGGUCCCUUCAGCAGUGGUGGACACUGUGAGGAACUACACGGCAGAUUAUGACAAAACUCUCAUUUUCAACAAGAUUCACCAUGAACUCAACCAGUUCUGCAGUGUACACACACUACAGGAGGUAUACAUUGACUUGUUUGACAUUAUAGAUGAGAACAUGAAGACUGCUUUGCAGAAAGAUCUUAAUGUUAUGGCACCUGGACUUACAAUACAGGCAGUCCGUGUUACCAAGCCAAAGAUCCCUGAAUCUAUCAGGAGGAACUUUGAACUCAUGGAAGCAGAGAAGACUCGUCUGUUAGUCACGGCUCAGACUCAGAGGGUGGUGGAAAAGGAAGCAGAGACUGAAAGGAAGAGGGCCAUUAUUGAGGCUCAGAAAGUGGCCCAGGUAGCAGAGAUCCACUUCCAACAGUUGGUGAUGGAGAAAGAGACGGAGAAGAGGAUCUCUGAAAUAGAGGAUUCUGCCUUCCUGGCAAAGGAGAGGGCUAAGGCUGAUGCAGAAUAUUACACUGCUGCCAAGAUAGCCGAAGCAAACAAGGUGAAGUUAACCCCAGAGUACCUGGAGCUGAUGAAGUACCAGGCCAUAUCAGCUAACAGUAAGAUCUACUUUGGCCAGGACAUCCCUAACAUGUUUGUAGAGGGAACCAACAACCCCCCUAAGUCUGUGCGCGCCCCUAAUCUGCCCAAUGCUCAACAAGUGAAGCCAGAGUGAGUCCAAAGCUCUGCCUCUGCACAGGACAGGAGAACCUGAUGAGGACUUGUCUUGUCUGUGAGAUAGAGAGCUCUGAACUGAAGAUGGUGGGUGGGAAAGCUUUGCAGCUAGUUUGGUUAAACGCAUUUUAGUCUUAAAUCUAAAUGGCAAAGAACAAGUGGGAAAAUGUAAGGACAAGCAGAAGUGAAAGCUAGGAAAGGCAAGACAAAAGGGAAUUAUUCGUGACUUCCACUCUUUUUUUGGAGGCG